GAGUUUAUUCAUACGGCCACCGCAUAGUUGUGUUUGUACAGAUCUUUUUCCAUUCAAUAGGCUCUUCACGUUCCAGUCUUCCAUUUCUAUACCCUGUAUAUGCAAUUGAACUGGGCAUGGCUUUGUUGUUUGUGUACUUGCAGAUCAUCCAUCCAUCACCCUCCAAUUCAAACCUUGGUAAUGAUAUUAAGAACUCAAUGAGAAUAGAGAAAGGCUCAGUGAACAAAAUUUCACAAGGUCAAUAAUGCAUUUAUGUUCUGAAAGAGUUCAUGAUGUUUUCCACAAGAUAAGGAAACUUGAUGAAUCUCUCUUUCACAAUCAGUUCUCUCAAGCGUAUAUUAGGGUCUAUUCUCUGUCAGUGGUGGAGGAGUACGAUAAGAGACGUAGCAAAAGUUAUUCAGGAAGCAGGAGUCCUCGACGGAGCUAUAGCAGCCAGAGCAGAAGUGUAUCUCCUAGGGGUAAAUACUCUCAUCGCUCUGCGUCUCUCUCGCACUCCAGGUUUUUUUCCCAUGCUCGCUCUGUUUCUAGAUAAUGUAUGAGGAGGCAAGUUAAGUUUUGAAUGAUGCUUUUAGAAGUAUAAGAACUGUUGCGUCAUUUUGUGCAAAAGAGAAGGUCAUAGAAAUGUGCCACACGAAAGAGUGAAGGUCCAUUGAAUGCAAGAAUAAAGAAAUUUUUAUUAGCAGGUAAGCUUUGGUCUGUCAUUUGCUUCUGUGCGUUUUAUAUACAACCAAUGUUUACGCGGGAGCCUAUCUUAUUUAGAGUGGCAAAAUAAAUUUUUGGGACAUUUUCAUGUAUCUUUGAUACCUCUUGUUACAUAUUUCCUUUUUUUUUUUUAGGCAGGAUUUAGUUAAAGCUUCAUAAGAGGCUAAUUUGUAGUAUUUGUAGCCUGACAAUUUUUUUACUUCUGAGGAUGGCAUCUAUAUCCAUGACCAGUGAAGCUCAUUGGUGUCAAGUACGAUCAAGAGGGGCUAUGUGUCAAAUAUUUGCUAUUCCAGACCAGAAAUCAAGCAAAAAAGAUUCAAGUCAUGAUUUUGGUAUGACACUGGACACCCUGAAGGGUAGUAUCCAAGAAGGCCAGAUGCUUAAACUUUUAGAGACCUUUGCUUGACCAUUUCCUGUGGCAGGGUGAAUUGAUAGUGAAUUGCCGAUUUGCUUUCGUUUCUUCUCUAUCUUCUUUCUCCUGAAAAAAUAGUUACAGAGAGAAUUUGUACUAUUGGGUGAAUUAUUGGUUGAGUAUGAAUGGCUGCAAUUCAUGAAUUCUGGAGCAUCUAGAGUUCUUAGUUGAGACAUAAGUACGGCUUCCCUGUGUUGUAAAAUGUAAAAUUGCACGCCACAGCAUUUGGAGUACCUUAUUUUUCUCUUUUCCCCUAACAUUGAAGCGUGAAGGCAGCUCGUAAUGUUUUGUGGAGCUUACUAUGAAGCAUAGUUGAUAUUAGAUUGUUCUUA